AUGGGAAUUACAUCAUUUCAAUCAAAUAAUAAUGUCAAUGAUGGUCAGGACACAUCAAUACAUGACAUUGUCAUCAUAGAUGAGGACACAUCAAUACAUAGAUUACCAAUUAAUAUACAACAUAUUAUUGUUCAAUAUGUUUGGUUGUAUCGUGGAGAGUACCCUACUAAAUGGUUGAUAUCAAUGAGUUUAGUAUGUAGACGUUGGUUUAAAUUCAUUGCUCCAAUUGUAGACAAGACAUACACAUUGUAUAAAGGAGCUAAAGGCUAUGGCCGUCCCGAAGUCGAUCACCUCACCAAGUGCGUCAAGCAUCUGUCCAAUCCACGAUGUUUGUGGAGCAAUGUCCGCAAUGUCGUCCUCAUCCUUCUCGACCGCUAUCAGAUAGCCGGAGUGCGUCGCCAGCUCACCUCAAAGAGCAUACAGACCAUCUUGCACAGUGUCAAGAACAUUCGCAUCGACACAGCAAUGGACCAGAUUGAGAAUGUUAUCGACACAUUGUCUCUGGCCAAAUGGUCUCCAGACGUUGUGUUUCGAAUCGAUCUCAAUGAUGUGUAUGAAGGCAUAAUACCAAUUGAUAUGGGUGUCAUUGCGACUGUGUGCGCGAAACUGCCACACACCUUCGAGAUCAUUGGCCAACACGUGUUGUCUGCACCCCACAGCUCUUUACUAUUCCCAGCGAACCUCUCUCUGGUGGACCUCCGCCUGGACCUUCGAUCAGACAUCAGUUCAUUCAUCAAUACCUGCGCCCCGACACUCCUGUCCAACAUCAAAAUCCUCACAAUUAGCCCCAACGAAAUUGAGUCUGAUCUGACACCUCUGCUAAGGCUUGGCACACUGGAGUCAGUCUCGCUGUUUUGUUCGUCCAAUCUACCAGUACCUCCCAACGUCAUGAACUAUCUUCAGCAGAUGCCGGCGAGAAUCACUCAUCUCUACCUUGCUGUAAGGACGGUGGACGAUGCGGUCAAAGGCAUGAUCGAGCAUCUCAAGUGUACAUCGCUGAAACUGUCAUUCAGUAACGUGACGUGCCAACCCGACAUCCAGCUGCCUCAGUGCAUUCAACACCUCUCGUUAAUCGAUUUAAGUAGGACACCGAAUCAGGGUUCCAAUCCAAACAUGCGUUGGCUCCGACUGCAUGACAAUGGACGCAAUCUACGCAGUUUGAGAUUGUAUGCAGUUGCCAGUCAUCUGAUUGGGCUGGAUGACAUACUGGCGGACAGUGGCUGCACGUUGACCAAGUUGGAAAUCGGUCUUCACUCGACAAGCGUGGGUCUCACUCCACAAUUCUUUGAACGAUUGACUGGCUGUGCCACACUGCAACACUUCAUACUGGAUAGCCGUGCCGACAUUGAUGUACAGAUGGUCAAUCAAUUCAUUCAACGACUGGAUUCAGACUACCAAAUGGCACCACUUCUGACUUACAUUGAGAUCAAUUUCUAUGAAUUGCGAGAGGAAUCAUUCCCCAAACAACUCACAAGGUAUCGAACAUUAGAGUACAAAAGUGGACAUUAUGGAGAAGGCAUCAAGUUUUUCAUGAACUAUCCAACUCUACCUUCUUCCUCCACUUCUUCU